AUGGUAUGUGAUGGAUGUUAGUUGAUUUUAUUCAAAUUUGUUGCUUCUAGGUGAAGAAAACCGUCAGGAAGACGAAAAAAGUCGCCCCACCACCGGCACAGUUGAGAAAGACUGAUGCCAAGAAGGAGGAGAAGACCUCACUGUUCGAAAAGCGCACACGAAGCUUUGGAAUUGGUAUGUUUAGCUGAUCUUGAGUGUCAAUUGUUAGAUUAUGGUGUAAUUCACAUUGGAAUCGAAUAUUUUUGCUUUUCUGGUGACUUGCACCAAAAAAUAUACGAGUUUUACACUUUGCGAGGAUUGAAAGCGUAGUUUCCUUUGUUCUUACAAGACUCGACAAAUUUUGUGUAAUUAUUCUUCUGUAUGUAUACGGGUUUUAUUAUUAUAUUCUUAGGUCAGGAUAUCCAGCACAAGCGCGAUCUUACCCGGUUUGUGAAGUGGCCGAAAUACAUCCGUCUUCAACGCCAGAAGGCCGUUCUUCAAAAGCGUCUGAAGAUUCCCCCACCGAUCAACCAGUUCCGCUUGGCUCUUGAGAAGAACAACGGUAGGUUACUAUUGUUAUUCUAUCUUUUCGAUUUUUAGCUCGUAAGGUGUUCGAACUCUUGGACAAGUACCGACCAGAGACCGAUGAGGCGAAGAAGGAACGACUUCGAAAGCGAGCUGAGGAGAGAAAGGCUGGCAAGCCUGAGACUGUCACCAAGAGACCCGGUGGAGUCAGAUUUGGCAUCAACAAUGUUACUAAGCUCAUCGAAAACAAGAAGGCUUCCUUAGUCGUUAUUGCUCAUGAUGUUGAUCCUCUGGAGAUUGUUUUGUUCCUCCCCGCUUUGUGCCGCCGUUUUGAUGUCCCGUACGUUAUUGUUAAGGGGAAGGCUCGUCUUGGUCAAGUUGUCCACCGCAAGAACUGCGCUGCCAUCGCCCUUACCGAUGUGCUUCCGUAAGUUUUUUGGGAUUAUGACAAAACAAUCUGUAAAUCAUUUUAAUCUUUUGUAUUUUUAGUGAGCACAGAACCCUGCUGAAGAACGUUACCGAGGUUGCGACUGCCAACUUCAAUGAACGAGGGGAUGAACUCCGCAAGAACUGGGGUGGCGGUAUCAUGUCUCAGCGCUCUCAAGCUCGUGCUAACAAGAUCGAAAAGGCCCGUCAGCGAGAACUCAUCCACAAAUCGUAA